GGCGGCGAUGGCGGCGACCGGGACGCGGGAGCGCGGGGAGACCCCGGGGCCGGGCGAGCCGGCGCGCCGGGCCCUGUACUUCUGCGGGAGCAUCCGCGGCGGCCGCGACGACCUGGCACUGUACGGUCGGAUCGUGGCGCGGCUGCGACGCUUCGGGGCGGUGCUCACCGAGCACGUGGCGGCCGCCGAGCUGAGCGCGCGCGGGGAAGAGGCCACAGGCGGGGACAGAUUCAUCCACAAGCGGGACUUGGCCUGGCUGCGGCAGGCAGACGUGGUCGUGGCAGAGGUGACACAACCAUCCUUGGGCGUAGGCUAUGAGCUGGGCUGGGCCAUGGCCCUCAAUAAGCGGGUCCUGUGCCUGUUCCGCCCGCAGUCUGGCCGAGUACUUUCGGCCAUGAUCCGGGGAGCAGCCAAUGGCACACAGUUCCAAGUGUGGGACUACAAGGAAGAAGAGGUGGAGGACCUGCUGGACCAAUACUUCGAAGCUGACCCUCCUGGGCAGGCGGCUGCCUCCCCUCACCCAACCACGUGACAUUAUCUGGCUUGAUUACACUCUUC